AUGGCUUUGGCUAAUACCAACCUCCCGAGCUUUCGGGUGCUCUUCUCGAGCCGCGCGGACUGGCUCGCGAAACUUGCCGUUCUCGCACCUGUGGAGCCCUUCAGGUGCGAGCCAUUCGACCUGACAGUCUUGGAAGGCCUCCGCUGGCUGGGACGGGGUGAUGCCAGCGGCUGUCGCUUCUCCCCCGGCCUCUUCUCCCCCGGCCGCUUCUCCCUCUACCUCUUCUUGUACCCCGGCCGCGUCUUCUACUUUGGCUGCUUCUACCCCGGCUGCUCCUACCCCGGCUGCUCCUACCCCGGCCGCUUCUCCCUCGGUCGCUUCUCCCUCGGCCUCUUCUCCUUCGGCCUCUUCUCCUUCGGCCUCUUCUCCUUCGGCCUCUUCUCCUUCGGCCUCUUCUCCUUCGGCCCCUUCUCCCCCGGCCCGCGCAAGUCCGCAGAGGGCUGGAUGUCGCCGUUUCAGGGCGGAUGGGUGGGAGAGCCCGCCAAGGAAGAGAGUCCGCCAAGGAAGAGAGUCCGUCAAAACUGGCGUAUUGACUGGAGAAAGGCGGUGUUUCUCAGAAUCCGAUUCACUGUUUGA